GAACGGGCGGCGUUGCAGGAGGGCCCGGCUCGGGGAAGGGCACCCAGUGCGAGAAGAUCGUGCAGAAAUAUGGCUACACCCACCUCUCCACCGGGGACCUCCUUCGGGCCGAGGUCAGCUCGGGCUCGGCCAGGGGCAAGAAGCUGGCAGAAAUCAUGGAGAAGGGGCAGCUGGUGCCGCUGGAGACGGUGUUGGACAUGCUCCGUGACGCCAUGGUGGCCAAGAUAGACACGUCCAAAGGCUUCCUGAUCGACGGCUACCCGCGGGAGGUGCAGCAGGGGGAAGCGUUCGAGCAGCGGAUCGGACAGCCCACACUCCUGCUGUAUGUGGACGCAGGCCCCGAGACCAUGACCCAGCGGCUCUUGAAGCGCGGCGAGACCAGCGGGCGUGUGGACGACAACGAGGAGACCAUCAAGAAGCGGCUGGAGACCUACUACAAGGCCACCGAGCCCGUCAUCGCCUUCUACGAGAAGCGUGGCAUCGUCCGAAAGGUCAACGCUGAGGGCUCUGUGGACAGUGUCUUCUCCCAGGUCUGCACCCACCUGGAUGCCCUGAAGUAGCCACACUGGAGCCCCUUCCCCAGCUCCGAGCCCGCCCUGCCCAUCCUGACUCCAGGCCCUCCUGGCCUGAGCCCAGCGCCUCCACCCUGCCUGGCCGAGUACAGACAGAGGAAGCCACGUUAUCCUGUUUUCAUGGACAGCAGAGCACUAAAGGGGUUUCCAAGGACA